AUGCAACGCAUCUCGUGGCUCGUGUGGCUGAUGCUGCUCUCGGCGCUUGGCAUUUCCACCGCCGUUGAAGACGAAUCCGUUCCACCCAAGACCGUCAGCGACGUUGAUACUACAUUGUUAAGAUCCAGAGUGAAAGAGACGGAUGUUCCCCAACAAUUUGAAGAGUUUGUGGACAAUGUGACGCUGUCUGCUGCGUUUUCUGGCUGUGGGUUGUGCCAGGCAACAGGCCAAUGCGACCGAGCUUUUCACGGUCAACCGGGUCAAUUCUGUAUUGGAUUGACAUCAGGAGCACCUUGUUGCUGUCCAAGAGACGCCCAGUGCGCUGCUAAUCCGUACGAGUGUCGUUGUCGUCGUACUGUGGCCUACCAUUACGAUCGUGACGAUUCUCACCAUCAUUCGUCAUCAAGUGGAGUGUCAGACGCUAUCACCUUCUUUCUAUUUUUACUACUAUGCUGUGGGUGCUGUUGUUAUCUACCAGCACGUUGUGCCCGACGGGAGAGAGAGGAACAGAUUGAGUACGCGCAGCCCGUUGCGACAAACCAAUACGGCACGUACGCGAGUCAGCAGCCACAAGCUCCUUAUGCGUACGCGUCGGCACCUGUGGCAUAUGGAGCGUCUCCUUAUCACGAACGUGGUGGGGGUAAUAAUACAAUGGCAGCGGGAGCUUUAGGGGCGCUGGGAGGGCUGGGCGUCGGCGCGGCGUUGGGCUCCGCGUUUGGUGGUCACAACAAUAACAGAGACUACAGCGGCGAUGUGGGCGGUGCGUAUGACAACACGUACACAUUCAGUGGAGACGCUGGUGGAGGCGAUUUUGGUGGGGAUUGCGGGAAUUUUGGCGGAGAUGACGGCACCUUUGCUGGUGACUCGUAA